AUGAGAGAUCAUUCUAAGAGUCCUCAUUUUCAAAACCAAGAAGAAGAAGCAGCAGAAGAGGCGCUCGCCCUUUGCCACCUUCCAGUCGAUGAUAACAACAACGAGAAUGAUAAUCAGCACAAUUGUUGCAACAACGAUUCCAAAUGCUUGUCCAACCACAAUCCACGAUCACGCUCUGAGCCCCCCGAUAUCUUCGAGUUCUUCAGCGACUUCAGCUCCGAUAUGUGUCCAGCCGACGACAUCUUCUUCUGCGGAAAACUCGUGCCCUUUGAAGGAAAAUCUCCUCCCACUCAUGAUCAAACCCCCAAAACAUCAGCCACCGACGAAAACCAAACAAGAAAAACGCAUUGUCGCCGAAGAUGCGAGUCAUUAUCCAAGCUACAAAGCCCCGUAACUGGAUUCAACACUAGUAUAGCUAGCACUACUAAGCUCAUGAGGAACAGCCGCUCUUUGGAUUAUAGAAAGCUCCACCCGAGUUCCAUUUCCAUGAUCUCCACGGCACCGGAAAUAGAGCGAAACCCAUCCGUAAGGAGCGUUGGAAAGUAUGAUAUAGCGCUUAAAAAGGCGGCGAAGCCUCGUUGGUACUUGUUGAUGUUUGGAAUGGUGAAGUUUCCACCGGAGAUGGAACUUAGUGAUAUAAAGAAUCGACAGGUUCGGCGGAACGCUCCUUCGACGCUGUUUCCUCCACCGCUUGAUUUUAACAGGAAUCUGCCGGUGAGCCGGAGCUCUUCCACUAAGGGGUCUUGGAGGUUUCUUAGAGCAUUGAGCUGCAAGGACCAUGCAAGUGUGACGGUAACGGCGUCGUUUUGCUUUCCAGAUGAGUGA